AUGCGCUUACUUUUGAAGCCUCUCGCGCUGCCUGACAUGUUGAUCUGUGAGCGGGGGUCACACAACUCCUGCGCCUUUGGCGUCCACACGGCUCUGCUGCGCGUCGUGGCCGGCCGACCAGGCGCCGCUCUGUGGCUGACAACGGGCGCCGGGUCCUUCUUCUGCGACGGCGCUUGCACUUCCGCGGGCAGGAAGCCCCGCGAGGCAGCAGAGCAGCUGCGGAACAGAAGCCGCGCGGCGACCAGGGAGCGCAUCCUGGCCGACGCGUCGCUGCGGAGCGCACGUGUUCAAGCUGUGCGGCAAAAGUGUUAG